GGGCCGGUGUGUCGCAGCCCGGCGAGCCACCUGGAGUUCCACGGGUUUCCCUGGUCCUCUGCCCUGAGAAGCGGACGCCUUCUCGGCCUGAUGUGAGGGCGGCCCCUGGGCGCGCGCGGGAAGAUUGUCUGCAAGCGCCGGCUCCACGCAGCCCUUCGGGGCAGUCGCAGCAGUUACCAACUAACUCUGCGGCGGCACCACGGCCUUCAAGUGGUUCCACUGCUGCUACCCGUGCCCGCAGGGCCUCUCCGUGAAGAAAGCGGGCUCACGUUACCUUCCCUCCCCGCCGCUGCAGAUGUCACCAGGAUCCUCUCGGUCGCCUCGCUGCCCACCUUCCGCACAGGCUGCAGUUGCGCGGCCAAGCCAUUGCGCGGCGAUAGUGAGCGGCCCUGUGGCAUCUCCAGCGCGUGACCUAGAGCAGCGUCGUCGCCGGAAAGUGACGUAAGGCCCAGCGCUGUCGCGGGGCCGUGACGCAUGACCGCGUGGCGUCACGCGCCCGCAGCUGCUUAGUUCUGGUGCGGGGUCUGGAAGGGAGGUCAUGGGUCCUGGCGCGCAGCUACCCCCCGAAAUCCAGCUGGCGCAGCGCCUGGCGGGCAACGAGCAGGUGACCCGGGACCGGGCGGUGCGGAAGCUCCGGAAGUACAUUGUCGCCAGGACCCAGCGGGCCACAGGUGGCUUCACACAUGAUGAGCUGCUGAAGAUCUGGAAAGGACUGUUCUACUGCAUGUGGAUGCAGGACAAGCUGCUCCUGCAGGAGGAACUAGGGCGGACCAUCUCCCGGCUCAUCCAUGCUUUUCAGACCACAGAGGCACAGCGCCUGUUCCUACAGACUUUCUGGCAGACCAUGGUCCGAGAGUGGCCCGGCAUCGACCGGCUGCGCCUGGACAAGUUCUACCUGCUCAUGCGGAUGGUGCUGAACGAGUCCCUGCAGGCCGUGAGGAUGCGAGGCUGGGAAGAAAGGGACAUCGAGCAGCUACUGGAGUUGCUGACAACCGAGAUCCUGCACGAGGACAGCCAGGCUCCCAAUGGUGUGAAGAGCCAUUUCCUUGAGGUCUUCCUGGAGGAGCUGACCAAAGUGGGCGCCACAGAGCUCACGGCUGACCAGAACCUGCGGUUCGUGGAGCCCUUCUGUGGGAUCGCCGCCCACACCAAGGACUCCCUGGUCCUGCACAACAUCACUCGAGGCAUCUUCGAGGCGAUCGUGGAGCAGGCCCCCUUCGCCAUCGAAGACCUCCUGAAGGAGCUGGAUGCGCAGGAAGGAGAAGGGGAGGCAUCAGACGGUGAUGAGUCAGAUGGUGAUGGUGAAGAGGAGUCGGCGGAGGAGGGCCAGGAGCACCACCAGCUACCCCAGAAGCUGCUGGCAGGCUCCUCAGGGCAGGCGGGAGAGGACGAGGACAGCACCGGCCCCGUCCUCCAGUUUGACUACAAGGCCAUUGCAGACAGACUGUUCGAGGUGGCCAGUCAGCAGAGCACCCCCUCUCAGAACAGGAAGUGCCUCUACAAGGUCAUCCGCAAAUUGCAGGACCUGGCUAGAGGUCACUUCCCUGAGGAUGAAGUUCCCGAGAAGGCCUACAGGCAUCUGCUGGAGGGGAGGCGGGUGCGGAAGGGGAAGCGACGCUGGCUGCAGCGGCAAGCACGGAAUCUGAGAGGGGACAAUGAGGAGAAGACGGCACACAGUCCAGACCUGAGCCCGGGAGGCGAGAGGAAGAAGAGCAGGAGACCCAAGAGGCCUGGCUCUGGGCUGCACAGGGCAGCCAAGGGCAGGAGAGGACCCUGCGGAAGGCGGUGGCGGCGGCGGCCUGGGCAGGCACCUGGUGCCCGAGCAGAGGCAGCUGGCGCCCAGGGACCAGAGAGGAAGAAGAGACAGCCGCCAGAGAGCGGGUAGUGAUGUGACUAGGCAAGGACAGGCAGGGGCCAGGUGGUCCCCAUGGGAUCUGAGGCAGGACCCUGGGUGUGGCCAGGUCCUGAGCACCUAGGUUCCUGGACAGAGGGUGGCUGCAGGGCUGCCAUUUGCACUGUUGUCCUGAGUCUGGAAUCCAAGCCUGGAGAUCUGGAGCUCUGAUGCAGGAGGUUAACGUGGAAUAAAACACUGUAGGCUCCCCGAGGGCCCUCCGCAUUGCA